AUCUGUGCGUUGACCCCCAAAUUUAAAUUGAAUUGAAAAGGGGAAUUAGGGUUUACUCAAAUAAUCGGGGAUGGCUUCCACCAAAUCAAGCGACACCGAGAGAAAGGAUGGAUCUUGCGAGACUCAACCGACGGAGGCCAUGGAAAUUCCCACCGGAGAUGACUCUUCUUUGUUGGGGAAGCGCAAGGUCGAAACAACGAACCUGGAGGAGGAUCCCGGUGAAAACGAAGGCGACAUAGAAGAAGGUGUAGAGGACGAGGAAGAAGAGGAGGAGAAGGAGGAUAGGGAUUCGGAAUGGGAUAAGGAUAGCUAUUUGGAAUGGGACAAGGAUAGCUUCGAUGGACGGGAGUAUCAUUCCUCUGAGAAUAGUGAGGAGUAUACGGACAAGGAAUUCGAGAAGAAAGCCCAUUUUUACAGUCGCACGGUCAUCGAAACCAAGGGUUUUUUUGAGCCAAGUGACAAAUUCCCACCUUGCCGCUGGGGUGGGAUUUCUGCAGUCCCGGGUCUUGAUACCAAAAUGCGUGAAGGUAACACAGUUCGUGAGUUCUUAGCAGACAUGGUAUCUCUCUGUGUUGAAAAAUAUAACAAACGAAAGGGAUUUAAUGUGAUUCUCGAGCUUGUUUUGAGGGCUAAUUACAACCCAGGGGGCUGCACAAAGUACUACAUCACUUUUGCUGCUAGAGAGUCUGACUCUCCUGAUGCACCUCUAGUCGAGUAUCAAGCUAAAGUGGCUUGGUCUGCUGGCAUUACUUAUCCCAUCCUUUGCAGACCCACUUCUCCACCAAAAUUCGUUGAAAGAGAUCAAGUGAAAGAGGUAGCGGACGAGGUGAUGGAAGAAAGCAGUUGAAGAAUUUCAUAAGGCUGCUUUCUUUAACGACUCUACUAAGUAGGAUUGUGUAUAUUACCCGGAUCUUUCUGUGAAUGUGGUUUAAGUUUAUCUCGUUGAUUGUGAUUCGUACUCCAUUUCUUAUCUUCUGCUAUCAAGGUUAUAUGAUACAUACACUAGUAUGAAAUCCUCAAGAUAUAGUGUAUUUUAGAUUUGAGUUGACCUUGGAAGUAGAAUUUGACGACAUUUU